UGUCAGACCAGUCCAGACUGCAGAACAUACACAGAGGCAAAGUUUCUCUGGGUCAGAAAACUGCUCACGCGCUCUAAAUAGCACCAGCAGCCAGUGCGCAGCCAAGGAAACCCUCAAACACUCCGGACUCAAAUCCCCCUUCUCAGGAGACACACACACACACACACACACACACACAGACGAAAAAGCAGCCGUGAUCAAAAGGGCUCUGGCUUCGGACUGAGCGCUCAGAGGUUAUUUAGACUAGUGAAGCAAAAGGUGCACCAAGGCGGCGUGUCACCUUCAUCAUCAUCAUCAAGCCUUUAUUACUCUCUCUCUCUCUCUGAGAUAAGCAACCCACACAACAACAGAAGCAACAUGUGCACCAAGAUGCGGAUCCUGUGGACUAUCCUUAUGUUAGGUUCUUUCCUCCAAGGUGCAUAUGGUGAUGAAAAUAAAACACAAGAAUCAACUACUUCUGCUGGAAACACUACUGUAACAUCAACAAUCACCAAAAACCCUGAUUCAGAAAAUAAAAGCACCAGUGAUGCUACCACCAUUGCUCCUACUACAGGAAAUAGCAUCACAGCCACCAGUACCGGAGUUAAAACCGAAUCUCAAAGCAAAGAUCAAUAUACUCCACAAACCAGUGCCACCAAAACACCUUCAGUUGUUGGGCUGCCGAAUGGAAAAGGAUCCGACCAGACAACUAUACCAGGAACAUCCGUUAUGACAACUCCAGGAAUAACAAAUUCUCAAAUAACAAAACUAGAAACAAAUAAAGUAAUAAUAACAGUAGCAAAUACAGUAAUAACAUCACCAGCAAACACUAUUGUAACAACACCACCAGUAACAACACCAGUAACAACUCUAGUAACAACAAGCAAGAUAACAACUCCAGUAACAACUGCAGACAUAAAAACUACUCCAGUAACAACAACUCCAGUAACAACAACUCCAGUAACAACAACUCCAGUAACAACAACUCUAGUAGCAACAGCUCUAGUAGCAACAACUACAGUAACAAGAACUCCAGAAACAACUCCACUAACAACAACCAAAAUAGCAACUCCAGACACAACUCCAACAACAACAACCAAAAUCAUAACAACUCCUCCAGAAACAACCACCAUUCCGGUAGCAACAAUUCCAGUAACAACAAAAGCCCCUAAACAAGAAACACUCAACAAGGCCGUAGCUGCAAACAGCACUGGGGACUACCUUGAGCAAAUCUGUGCAAAAUUGACAGAGGCAAUCAAUGUAACUGGGAACUGCAACAUGGUUGGAAAGAAGAUAAAUGGUGUUAUAAAAUACAACUGCAUAACACUGAUCUUGGAAACAAUUCCUUUAGUGGAAACAAUUCCUUUAGUGGAAACAAUUCCUUUAGUGGAAACAAUUCCAUCAGUGGAAAAAAAUCUGUCAGUGGAAAAAGAUCCAUCAGUGGAAAAAAAUUCAUCAGUGGAAAUAAAUCUGUCAGUGGAAAAAGAUCCAUCAUUGGAAAAAAAUUCAUCAGUGGAAAUAAAUCUGUCAGUGGAAAAAGAUCCAUCAGUGGAAAAAAAUUCAUCAGUGGAAAUAAAUCCGUCAGUGGAAAAAGAUCCAUCACUGGAAAAAGAUCCAUCAGUGGAAAAAGAUCCAUCCGUGGAAAAAAAUCCAUCAGUGGAAAAAAAUCCAUCAGUGGAAAAAAAUCCAUCCGUGGAAAAAGAUCCAUCAGUGGAAAAAGAUCCAUCAGUGGAAAAAAAUCCAUCAGUGGAAAUAAAUCCAUCAGUUAUAACAAAAGUGGAGACGACAGUGGAGACAACAGUGGAAACAAAUAAUCUUCCCAACAACAUGGAGACAUUGAUCGCCAUCCUGUCUUCAUGUGGUGCACUGGCACUGUUCCUUAUUGCUUUUGCUGUCUAUUGCAGCUACCAUCGCUCAUCCUACAGGAAGAACCAGCAACAUCUAACUGAAGAGAUGCAGACGGUGGAGAAUGGCUAUCAUGACAACCCUACGCUAGAGGUGAUGGAGGUGCAGCCCGAGAUGCAGGAGAAGAAGAUGGCACUGAAUGGAGAGUUUAAUGACAGCUGGAUCGUACCCUUUGACAACCUCACCAAAGACGACAUACCCGAGGAGGAGGACACACACCUGUAAAGUGUCCAAGCCAAACAGCUCCCCAAGCUUGUAUACUACAAAACAAAGUGUUAUUAGCAGUCAUACCAUAUACAUGACACUGUGUAAAGACAAUGUAAAGAUUACAAACAACCAAAUAGAAAAAGGACUACAAGUCUUCCUUUUAAAUUUCUACUGAUUAUUUUUCGUUGCUAAAAAGGCACAAGUGUAGUGAGCGUGGGGGCCAUGGUGGCUUAGUGGUUAGCACGUUCGCCUCACACCUCCAGGGUUGGGCAUUCGAUUCCCGCCUCCGCCUUGUGUGUGUGGAGUUUGCAUGUUCUCCCCGUGCCUCGGGGGUUUCCUCCGGGUACUCCGGUUUCCUCCCCGGUCCAAAGACAUGCAUGGUAGGUUGAUUGGCAUCUCUGGAAAAUUGUCCGUAGUGUGUGAAUGAGUGUGUGUGUGUGCCCUGCGAUGGGUUGGCACUCCGUCCAGGGUGUAUCCUGCCUUGAUGCCCGAUGACGCCUGAGAUAGGCACAGGCUCCCCGUGACCCGAGGUAGUUCGGAUAAGCGGUAGAAAAUGAGUGAGUGAGAGUGUAGUGAGCGUCAAUAAACACUAAAGUUAACUUAACGGAGGACGUUCAAAGAUAAACCUGUGCUGUGUUUUUUGUUUGUUUGUUUUGGUGUAAUUCAUUUUGCUUUCAUUUUAAAAAUUGUAUUUACGUCCUCAAGAGUAUUGUAAAAGGAUUUUCCCCACAGGAUCUUAUUUUUCCCCACUUAUAUAUAGCACCAGUUUAUAGUGUGUUGUUUUUUUAUCUUUAAAUAUGUUGGUAGCAUAUUUAGUUUAUUGACCAUGACUUUUCAUAAGGAGACCAAUGGAUAACUGUUUAUCCUGCACACAAUGUUUAAACCCUGUUCCCCAGAUUCCUUCAUUACCCACAAUGCACAACACUGACCUCUAUCUAAAGCAGCACCGUAGCGCUUUAUUCUGUUCAGCUUUCACCUCCUCAAAUAUUUUAAUAUUAACUUAUAUAACAUUUAUAAGCAAUGUUUUUCAACAGAGUUUUCCUUAUAUUCUACAAAACCCAGGUGUGAAUAAUAACACAAGUCAUAAUGACCAAAGCUGAAGUUUUUCCCCUCUAAAUACAUAAUGAGUAUUUUUAUUUCCUUUCCAACUGUCCUCAUUCUUACAGGGCAAGAGAUGUACACAUGUACAGUUUAGGGGCUUGUAAUUUCUCCCCCCCUUCUGUUUUUGUCUCAUGAGCAAGACACAAAAUUGACAUUAAUUCAAAAUUCAGCAAAUCCUGAAUCCAAGUUCAUUCAUGUUUUAAAUGCUACUACAAAUCCUCCCACAUCUCCAUCAGUUUCAGUUAAAUGCUCAUAUUCCAUUUUAUUUUCGGGUGCUCCAUUUGGGGUCACCACAGUGGAUCGUCUUGUCCGCAUGAUUGAUUUGGGACACAUUUUAUGCCAGAUGUCCAUCCUGGUGCAACCCUCCCAUUUUAUCCAUGCUUGGGACCAGCACUGAAUCGAACCUGGGCUGUGGCACCUCGCCGCUGGACCACCAGGAGGAUCCUUUUCAUUUUUACACAAACUUCUCCUUAAAAUAUUUAUAUGGUCUCAAACUGUCUAAUGUGAUUUAGACCUUUUAAUUUCCAUUUUACUAUUUUGUAUGUAUUUUAUAAGCUUGUGUUAAAACUUUGCCUUUUCAGGAAAGGUAAAAAACAGGAGUCUGAUACACUGGAAAAAGUCACUGCUGUUGCAUCGUGUUUUUACAAUUUCUUUUUUUGUGACCAAGGAAUAAAGCAUUUCCUUACAGAAUAAAGGAGUUAGUUUACAAA